AUGUCAGCCCCAACUCCUGUAUCUUACUCUGAUAUUGGUAAAGCCGCUUCAGAUUUGUUUGGCAAAGAUUUCCCACUUGACUAUAAGCUUGAAGUAAAAAAUACUGCUCCAAAUAAUGUUGUAAACCAAACAAUUGCUGGUGAAUUGAAAACUAAAUAUGUUUAUCCAAAACGAGGAGUCACGCUUACUCAAACAUGGACAACAUCAAAUAAUGUGAUAGCACAAAUUGAACUCGACAAUAGUCUUGCUAAAGGUUUAAAGUUUGAUUUACAAUCAAGUCUUCAACCUUCGUCUGGAAAUAAAAAUAUUAGAGGUGGUUUGAUAUUUAAACAACCGGGUUUGCACUCUAAAGCUUAUUUUGAUGUGGACAAAGGUCCCAUUCUUCAAGCUGAUACUGUGAUUGGUCAUGAAGGAUUUUUGGUUGGUGGUGAUGCCUCAUAUGAUGCGACAGAAGGCAAAAUUGCACGUUAUGGUAUAGCUGCUGGAUAUGUCGCUCCUGAUUACAAUGUUACUCUUCGUGCAACAAAUUCAAUGUCUAACUAUACAUUUUUGUAUUUUCAUCGUGUACAACCUGAUAUCGAGGCUGGUGCUAAAGCUACAUGGGAUAAUUCCAAGAGUAACACUGUUAAAAUGGAAUUUGGUGCAAAAUAUGCUUUGGAUAGACGUUCUUUUGUAAAGGCUAAAAUUGAUAAUUCUGGUUGUCUUGGACUUGGUUAUACUCAAGAGCUUAGACCAGGUGUCAAAUUAGGUUUGGGUGGACAUAUUGAUACAAGUCGUUUGAAUGAGAAUGUACAUCGAUUUG